CACGAUACAUGUACAAUGUAUGUACGUACGUACAAUGUGACAAACACACGUUUUAUUUAUGAUGCAAUUUGAUCAUAAAUCCCCAACUGGUGCAUACAUAUAUUUUCUAUUCCUCCAAUGGUCGAACCCUGAACUGAGGAGAGAAUCUCACCAUGUCACAGGAUUCUAAAUCAGGAGGAGGAACCAUGGGCAACAAAUUAACAUAUGCAAAUAAGGUUAUUCUUGCACCAAUGGUGCGGGUUGGCACAUUGCCAACCAGACUGCUGGCCUUGGACUAUGGAGCUGACAUUGUGUACUGUGAGGAAUUGAUUGACCACAAAAUGCUUCAGUGUAAGAGAAUUGAAAACGAUAUUUUGGGCACAGUCGACUUUGUGACACGAAAUGGGACAGUGGUCUUCCGAACAUGUGAUAAAGAGAAAGAUAAAGUUGUCUUCCAGAUGGGAACAUCUGAUCCCGACAGAGCACUGAGAGUUGCUAAACUUGUGGAGAAUGACGUAGCUGGAAUUGAUGUCAACAUGGGAUGUCCCAAGGAGUAUUCAACCAAGGGUGGAAUGGGGGCAGCCUUACUCACUGAACCAGACAAAAUUGACAAGAUCCUGACCCGCUUAGUUCAAGGAAUCUCCAAACCAGUCACUUGUAAAAUCAGGCUUUUACCAUCGAUGGAUGACACCUUGGCUUUAGCACACACCAUUGAGAGCACGGGGGUAGCUACCUUGGCCGUACAUGGGCGGACCAAAGUGGAGCGGCCCCAGCAUUCUGUGAAUUGUGAAGCCAUCAAGGCAGUUGCCAAUGCUGUGUCCAUCCCUGUCAUUGCAAACGGCGGUUCAAAAGAGCACAUCACCUCAUAUGAGGACAUCGUGCGUUUCAAGAAGCAGACACAAGCGUCCUCGAUCAUGAUUGCCAGGGAAGCCCAGUGGAACACCUCCAUCUUCAGGAGGCAGGGCAAGCUACCUCAGGAGGAGGUCAUCAAGGACUACUUGAAAUAUGCAGUAGACUAUGAGAAUGCCCACGCCAACAGUAAGUUCUGUAUCUUGCAACUCUUGCAUGGCAGUGAAGAACAGGUCAUUCAUAAAGCUGUGAUGAAGAGCAACAACAUGGCUGAAUUGUGCCAACUCUGGGGAAUGGAAGGAUACUGUUAUGAAGCCACUGAACUUCACAGACUUGCCCGAGAGAGGCAAGAAAAUGCAUACAGAGUCAAGAAGCGCAGGCUGGAAGACGGCACAGAGCUGUUUGAGAUGAACGUGAAAUAUUUCAGGAAAGACUACAUUGACGGAAACACACCCCAACAAAUUUUGAACACCCUGGUCUGCCAGAAAAAGCUGCCCCCACCUCAGUUCACAGUGGUGAAUGAUGAAUCUGACAAGAACUAUCAGGCAAUUUUGACGAUUGAUGGCAAAAGCUACACAUCAACCCAGUGGGAGAUCAGUAAAAGCUUUGCCAAGCAAGGUGCAACAAAAGUGUGCUUGCACGCCCUGGGUCUGUUGGAUGCCUCGAGACCGUUAUACCACAAACGUCAACUGGAAGCGGAGACUACUCAAGAACUGAGACAAACAACUGGAAGAGAGACUAGCAUGGAUGCUGAUCAAGACAGCCAACCUGAAGAAAAGCACACUGGACCUGACACAACUGUGUUGCACAGAGUGACUGGAGAAGAGACCAGGAAAAUAGAUUCCACAGUGCAUGAGUUCAGCAUACCUACUGACAUUGAGGCUGGUAAAGAGUCUAUGCAUGCAGGUCAAGGGACAAAUGAUGAAGUCAGAAAAGGAGUUGGUGACAUUUUAGACACUUUCACAGAUAGCCAGUCACCAGCUGGCUGCAGUUGACAAGUGUUCUUUAACAGAAAAAGUCAAUUUUCUAUUUCAAUUGGCUACUGGUAGGUUAUUUACUUGUAUUUGCAUGUUUUGGGUAUUUGAAGCUUACUCACAAACCCCAAAGAAUUGGACAUUGCAAUAGCUGUUCCUCACAAGCCUACAUCAACCUGUACUCUUUAUUCACCACAAGUGUCUCACUUGUGUACAAAUCAUUGGAAGAUAAGGUGAUUCAUGAUCAGUAAUGCAUAAUGGUGAGGCAUGUUCAGUUCUUUACAAUUGUGCACUUUUAUUUUCUUCACUUGAUUGAUAAUCCUUACUUCUUAUACCAAAGCUAGCUUCUUGCUGCAAUGCGAUAAAUGAAAUAUCUCGACACAUGCGCUGCAGCUCCUUCUGUGAUAUUGAAUGCAGCCAUUUCACAUUCUCUGUCACAGACAUAUACAACUACUUCUAAUGUGAAUUCUCUAUGAAAUAAAUAUUACUUCUAAAAAGGUGUAAGGGGCCAUUCAAAAUUUUCAGUGUUUUUAAAUUUCGAUUUUUUUUUAAAAAAUAGUGGGUGGGUCAAGGAAAUAAAUUGAAACUCGAAAUGUAUCUACGUGUGCAAGUAUACAUGUACGUCUAUGCAGUUUCAUGUUGUACGCUGGAUUGGGAGUUUUAAUACAGGAUGACAAAAUCACUUUUUUGUUCAUUGAAAAUGGGGGUGGGUGGGUCAAAAAAAUUUGGAAAAAAAAAUCGAAAUUUAAAAACACUGAAAAAUUUGAAUGGCCCCAUAUAUCUCUAAGUGAUGACACUUCUUUCAUCAGACAACUACAGGAAUAUUUCUGACAAAUAUACAUACAGGCCAUCAAACCUUUCAAAAAAAUAACUCAGUUAAAAUAUUCUCCACAUGACAGAAAGUGAAUAAUGGCCUAAACCUCCGAAAUGUACUGUGUGCCUAGGGGCCAGCUGAAAAAUGUGUGACUCCUUUUUUUCCCCUUUGUAAGAAGACCCAAACAUAAACUGGCAUAUGGUGUAAAUUAUUUCUACAAAAUGAGUGUAAGUGGAAAUGGAUAAACUAAUUUCUUGUUGGCUGUUUGCUCUGUAAUCAACCAGCAGAUUGUAGAACAAGUGAAUAAAAAAAUGCAGCAAGAUUGUCUUACACUACA